AUGUCCAACAACAAAGGUACUCCGAUGAACGAUCGAGUAGAGAAGGAUAGAGUGGAUGAGGAUAUUAUUCUCCGGGCUGAAGGUGACGAGGACGAGGAUGAGGAAGUCCCUCUGUACGACCCGAGAUUCCGACGGUUGAGUCGUGCAGGUUGUGACAGUCGUCGGGAAAGUCUCCUGCACGACAUUGCUGAGAGACACUCCCGUCGGCCCUCGAUACAGUUUGCCUUGGAUGAGAACAAAAUUACGGAGAUUCCUUAUGAAGAGGGGUCAAUAGAGAAGGUUGAGGAGAUCACUGCUGAGGGGGAGGAUGACGAUGAUGAUGAGGAGGAGGAAUCAAGCGAUUCGGAGCAGGCUGAAGAGGAGUUGGUACCACCAUCAGGGGAGCAGAGGAAGAGGAGCUCUCAAGGAGACUCUGGGCGUCGGCGGUCAUCACUGGAGUUGUGCUCGAUCGAGUCGAAAGCUGAACAUGAACUGAGGGAACGCGAAAUGGCUCAUAGGAGAUCUCUGGAGAAGGCUGCAGCGGAUGGGGAAGCUCAUGUAGACUUCGAUGCUAAGGUUGAAGUAGCGAGAUAUGACUUGUCGGUGGCGUCAUCAUCAGGGAUGGCCAGCGCUUAG